CGGCGCGGGAAGCGCUAAGAUGGCGUACCAGACCUUCCGGCAGGAGUACCUGCAGGUGCCGCCCGUUACGCGGGCCUACACCACCGCCUGCGUCCUCACCACCGCCGCCGUGCAAUUAGAACUAAUCACACCCUUUCAGCUGUAUUUCAACCCUGAAUUAAUAUUUAAACAUUUUCAAGUAUGGAGGUUAAUCACAAACUACUUAUUCUUUGGACCAGUUGGCUUUAAUUUUUUAUUUAACAUGAUCUUUUUAUAUCGUUACUGCCGAAUGCUUGAAGAAGGCUCUUUUCGAGGUCGGACGGCAGAUUUUGUAUUUAUGUUCCUUUUUGGAGGACUUUUAAUGACUCUUUUUGGCCUGUUUGUGAACUUGGUUUUCUUGGGUCAGGCAUUCACAAUAAUGCUCGUGUAUGUAUGGAGCCGCAGGAAUCCCUAUGUCCGUAUGAACUUUUUUGGUCUUCUCAUCUUUCAAGCCCCAUUUCUACCCUGGGUAUUGAUGGGCUUUUCACUGCUUUUGGGGAACUCCAUCAUUGUGGAUCUCCUGGGCAUUGCCGUUGGGCAUAUAUAUUUUUUCUUAGAGGAUGUCUUUCCCAAUCAGCCUGGUGGUGGAAGGCUUCUGAGAACACCAUCUGUCCUGAAAGCAAUAUUUGAUACACCGGAAGAUGAUCCUAAUUAUAAUCCCUUGCCAGAAGAACGACCGGGAGGAUUUGCAUGGGGAGAAGGUCAGCGCCUUGGAGGCUAAUGUGUCUGUGCCAAAACCCAGCGACAACUGGGAGAGACUGACCUGAAUGAAGUUCCAUACUGGGGACUUUCUCACUCCCCAUGGCAGAAAGGACACUUUUUGACAGCUCUAUGGUUUUGAAUACAAGCACUUUAUGAAAUGGCAGUCUAAUCCAGGACACUUCCAGGCUACCGGUGUCUUUCCCAGUCAGGGAAUUUAUUGUGCUGGUAAUGAAAAUACUAAUCCAGUGGAGCCAAAACGCUAAAACUGGAAACCAUUUCCUGUCAACUUCAGUUAACAAGACUGCGAGUACUUGUUUAAAGUGAUUUCUAAAGCAUUUUUUCAAGUUAUUUGAUACAGGAAACUAUAUGGGAAACUUUACAGGGGACAAAACCAACUUUUUGGGUUUUAACUCAUUUUUUUAUUCUUGAAUAAAACAGCUGCAAGAUGGUUGAAUGUGCAAGUCCCUAUUUCAAUGGCAAAAGGUUUUUCAAUCUGAGAUGCUAUUGUCUCCAGUCUUGUUUGAAUUGUAAGAAGUACAACGUGCAGCAUAAUGCAGUCUUUUCACUUGCCAGUUGGGUUUCUGGAAUGUGCCUCUGUGUGAAUACACCUGCAGGCUGAGACUAUGUUUUGAUGACUUUUCCCCCAGAGGCUGUGUGUUCAGAUGACCAGGUUUGAGUCUGACUGGUUUGUUUAAAUAGGUAGUUCUACAAAAUGCAUCCCCACACAUGCACAAUUCUAACUGUUGUUAAAUGACUUGGAGCACUAGGGAAGAAAACUUGUCUGGAGUCAGAACUGCUCAAAUAUCUCAGACAAUGAGUUGAAUAAAAUGUGUUGUGGAUCCUUGUUUUUGUUAAUCCUUUGUGUAGUCCUGUAGCCUUGAGGCAGCUGGUGAAAAAGCAGAGGUUGGAAAAAGCAAGUCCCUGAAGAGACGGCAUUAAUGCAAGCUUUUCCCACCAGUGUUUCUCAGAACUGCUAGGAAACAGGAUUGUCUGCUCAAGAUGUUCUGUUCGUGGUCUGUGUAUCAAGCUUGUUGUGGGAGAACUGAAGUGUCCAACACAGGUCAGUGACACUGAGUGGGAUUUAG